AUCUUCCACGAAAUUCACUUCUGAAGAGGUGAAAAAGCAGCUCACUUUCUCCUUCAUCAAACCCCAAAAACCUAGCUUUGCCUCCUUUAUAAUUUCUUGGAUUUUGGUGAACUUUACGAAUCCAAGAUCAGAGUAUAAAGGAUUCGAGUUUUAACCCAGAAUUAAGUACUUCUGUUCUUUUUGAUCUUUGGGUUGAAAUUGUCUACACAAAGAGGGUGAUUUAGAAAUGGAUGCUGAUCCAUGGACUCUUUGUCUUUCUUCAACUGCUAGGAGAUAUCAAUCAGCUCUUCAGUCACGAUCUGAUAUGUUUAUGGGGUUUGAAGAAAUGGAUGGAGAAGACGAUAUAAGAGAGGAGUUUCCAUGCCCUUUUUGUUCAGAGUACUUCGAUAUCGUGGGCUUGUGCUGUCACAUUGAUGAUGAACAUCCUGUGGAGGCUAACAAUGGGGUAUGUCCUGUCUGCGCAAUGAGGGUGGGAGUAGAUAUGGUUGCGCAUAUAACGCAACAACAUGGACAUAUAUUCAAGCGUAAGCGGAGAUCACGUAGAAGUGGAUCUCAUUCAACGCUUUCUCUUCUGAGGAAAGAGCUGCGAGACGGAAACCUGCGGUCCCUCUUCGGGGGUUCUUCUUGUAUAGCGCCCUCAUCGAACUCUGCACCUGAUCCGUUGCUGUCUUCGUUUAUUUUGCCUAUCGUUGAUGAUUCUGUUAGUGUGCAGCCUCGGUUAUCUAGCGAAACCAACACAGCUACGAAAAGUUCAGAUGUGAAUAAGUCAGAGAGAAAUGUGCAGUCAUCUCCUCUUUCAGUCAAGGAUCAGGAAGAGAAGGCAAAAAGAUGUGAAUUUGUUAAAGGGCUGCUGUUAUCCACAAUUCUUGAUGAUGUUUUAUGAUAACCUUAAAGGAUGGUUGCUGCAAGCGGGCUGUUCACAGCGAAGAGGCCUACGGCAUGGGUCUUCGCCUACCGUAUGGGUUGCUGCGCUGUUUGUAGUGAAUAUGUUUGAUGUAUUAAGCAAAAGUGCUAAAUAAGGUAGGAAUGAGUGUAAUAUAUAUGUGGCAUGUGUGGACUUUUUAGUUAUUAGGCCUGAUCAGGUUUCCACUUCAUCCUUUUCAUUUCAGGUCACGACAAUAUUAAAAAUAAUAAAUAAUAAAUUUAUUCCCUGAA